AUGGAGGACAUACCCUGGCGCAAUCCACUCAAUGAUGUCAAUGUUGAUUAUCUCUUUCGAUCUGCUCGUAUUCCUAACCUCCAACAUGACAUGUCCUUCAUAUGCUCACUACGGAGAGCAACACUCGAUGAUGGGGUUGGCUUGAAAGGAGAGGAUCUUGUGCGCUUGCAGGACCCACCUAGGUUUCCAUGUCGUAUUGAUAAUCCAUGCGAAGAACUUGCAAUCUCACUCUUCUUAGCCCUCCAACACUCAUCUGAAGCGGUGUAUGACCAUAUUCGCAGUGCUGUUCAAAAGUGCUGCCCUGACUCAGAGGUUCCAAGUCUAUACCGAGUCAAAAAGCUUAUUCAUGAGCUUACGGGUAUCUCCUCCAUCGUCGACCACCGCUGUAUCAACUCUUGUGUAGCGUUCGUCGGCCCUUAUGCAGGUCUAGAUGCAUGUCCCAUGUGUGACGAACUGCAUUAUGACCAAAAAAAGCUGGCACACAGUCAUGGACGCAAGAAAGUCCCUCGCACUGUUUUCCAAACAAUCCCAAUUGGUCCCCAGCUUCAGGCAUUGUGGCGUGAACGAGGCAGUGCUCAACACAUGAGCUAUAGAAAUGAGAGAACGCAGCAAAUA